UGCUGCGUCGGUAGCCCAACCGAUGUUCAAUAGUCAUGACCUCCAACAAGGCAAAAGGAUCCGACGUCACUCGUAGCGACGCUACCAACGACGGCGUUGAAGUUAUAUUGGACUAUCUUCAGAGACAGAAUCGUCCGUAUUCGAUAUCAAUAAAUCUGCACCAAAAGGUCACGAAGGCGUACGCCACCAGAACCUUACGAGAGUUGUGGCAUAACAAGCAGAUAGAAGGACGAACAGCAGGAAAACAAGUGGUGUAUCACGCCUUACAAGAGGCUUCCAAUGAGACCACAUCAGAGACCAUUGCAGCCCUAGACCAACACAUUGACCAAGUUCAAAAACAGUUUUCCUGUCUUCAAGCCCAGGAGAAAAAGGCACGGGUCGAGUUGGCCGCCCUUUGUGCGAAGCCCUUACAUUCUGAGCUUCGCCGAGAUAUCAGUCAACUUGAACAAGAGCAAGCCGCGGCUCGGGCACUUUGGCUCACGACAAAGGGAAAUGAUUCGAUGCACGUGCAUGUUCAGACAAGAGCGGGCGCUGAAGAAGCGUGGAAGCGCUGGCAAAAGCACGCUAGCAGUCGCGGUCGGAUCUGCCGUGAUUUAUGGCAAAAGUGCUCAGAAGCGUUGCCAGGUGACAAGUCUCGGGAUGAAUUCUGGGAAUCCCUGGGGUUGGAAGGGCCUUCGUUGAGCUGAUUGAAUGACGCUUGCGGUCGAGACUAAAUUGGCGGAGAA